AUGCUCGUCUCAUUCCAACCCGCGAAGACUGCUGUCCAGAACUACCCAGUGUUAUCUGCUGGGCUUGCCUUUGGUCUGGUUCUCGUCCUUGUGGUCCGCUAUCUGACGAGCCCCUGGCGCAAGCUACCUCCUGGACCCCCGGGAUACCCUUUACUCGGCAAUGCUCUCCAGCUGAAAGACAGACAAUGGCUUCUCUUCAGUACAUGGCGCAAGACAUACGGCGACAUCAUCUAUUUGAACGGGGUCGGACAACCGAUGGUCAUCAUCAAUAAGCCCGGGGUCGCGACCGACUUGCUCGAUCGUCGUGCUGGUACAUACGUAGAUCGACCUCCAAACAUUGUCGGGUGUGAGAUCAUGACUGGAGGUCUCAUGUUUGCGUUCGCUCGCUACAGCGAUACAUGGCGCAGAAUGCGGAAAGGAGCCCAUGAGGCAGUGAACAAAGUCGUGGCGCACGAUCUCAAUGAGUACCAGCUAUCGGAGGCUCUGGCUCUGGUGAGAAGCGGUCUACUGAACCCUUCGACAUGGGACGGAUACUUGCGCCGAGCCGCCGCAAGCCUCAUGCUCUCGAGCUUAUAUGGGCAGCGUCCGCUCGAAAGUGAGCGGGACCCUCGCGUUCUGUACAUCAACGCCUUCAACGAGCAUCUUACGCUAUCUUUCGCACCCGGCGCACAUUGGGUCGAAAUGAUGCCCUGGACGCGCCAUAUCCCUAGUAGGAUCGCGGUUUGGAAACGUACGGCUGAGGAAUGGCACAGAUCUGCAAGCGAGGAGUUUCUCCGACUCUUCGCAGGUGUGCGCGCUGAUGUCGCUAACGGGGAAGAUAAGGCUUCGUUCUGCUCUACCCUCCUUCACGAAGCCGACAGAUACGGCCUCAACGAUCAUGAGAACGCUUGGCUUGCGGCCACCAUGUAUGCUGCUGGAGCGGAUACCACGGCGACAUCCAUGAGCUAG